AGCAGCUCUCCGUCAGCAGAGCAGCGCCGCUGGAGAGCAAGCACGACGACCGCCAGCUCCAGCCGCAAACACCCAACACCUAAACCUUUUAUUUUUUUGUUUUUUUAUUUUAUUUAUUACCUCCUCGCCGCAGCGUCGCCGUCAAAUAAAAAAUGUGACUGGUUGGGACUGAGGCACACAUACAUUCAUGCGUUUGGAGAGAGCCGGGAGCGAGAGCGCCGCGACCACAAGCCGAGCUGUUCGGGCAAAUGGAACUUAUUGUUGUGACUAUGUUAUCCCCAAGUAAGUUUGGGUCCAGCCCGUCUCUGCUCGUCGUCGACCCUUGAAUUCUGUUGGGAUUUACAUCCGACUGCUUUUUUUGAGGAGGGGAAAAAACCCCAAGAAGGAGGAUUUCUGCGAGGCCAGCGAGCUUUUUCUCGACGGAGCCGGGGAUUUAAAUCGUCAAUCGGUUGGAGCUCCGGGGGAAAAAGGCGAGAGUCAAAGAAAGACAUUCAUGUGGCCAUUCUCUCUAUAGCCAAACAUUUUGGUGGGAUUGCAUAAUGAGCAAGGAAAGACCUAAGCGAAAUAUCAUUCAAAAGAAAUAUGACGACAGUGAUGGCAUCCCGUGGUCGGAGGAGCGGGUGAUGAGAAAGGUCCUUUAUCUUUCUCUGAAGGAGUUUAGGACGGCACAAAAACGACAGCUGGAUGGUGACGGCACCGCUAACUCCAACGGUUCCCUAACCAACGGACAACUGAACGGCUCGGGGUCGAAGGGCAGCCACAAAGAAGAUGGCUCCUUGCGCUCUCAGGGCCUGCACGGGAGCAACGAGUACGGCGAAGACGGUCCUGCAAAAAAGAGGCCUCGCCUCCAGGCUCAGAGGAAGUUUGCCCAGUCGCAGCCCAACUCGCCCAGCACUACGCCCGUCAAAGUGGCCGACCCAGGCGGCCUGAGCAGCAGCCUGGCUGCCGUACCAUCCACGUCCCUCUCAUCGCUCUCCUCGUCGUCCCUGUCCUCCUCCAUCCAGGACCUGUCCAGGCGCAAGCCCAAGACGGAGGACUUCCUCACCUUCCUCUGCCUCAGAGGUGUGUGCUCAGGGUCACCUGCCUUGCCCAAUAACAUGGCCUACUUUGGAAGCUCCCAGGAGGAGGACGACCUGGAGGAGGAGGACGAGGAGGAGGAGACUGAGGCGCGGAGUGGAGGUGCUGUCCACUCUAAUGGAGCAGGAAGCAUCAGCCAAACCUCAGCCUCGUCUUCCUGCCACUCUACACCCCGCAAGGGCAAGCUCCCCCCCAGGCAGCCGCUCAACGGGCACGUUUUCCACAGCCAGACUAAAGCAGGGACCAGGGAGAGUCCGCGGCCCAAGGCGGGGACCCACGGCAGGGACGGCCCCGCCCCGCCACCGCCUCCACACCUGCUGAGGGAGCGCAGCGAGCGGGCGGAGGCGCGGGAGCAGGCGCGGGAGCAGCAGGCCAUGGCCAGCGGGCGAGGGUCGGCCAACGGGCUCCCGCCCAGGAGAGCGGCCGAGGAGCUCCGGAAGCAGGUCUCAAAAGUGAACGGGCUGAUGCGGGCGAGCUCGGCACAAGCUGCUGGUGUUGCCAAAAAGAGCCGUGAUGUCCGACUGCCGUCCAAAACUGUGAAGAAGUACACAGCCACCGUGUCCAAGGGCCACGUCACCUACACCAAAGCCAAACUGAAAGAACUGGGCAAGAAAACCAAACUCAGCAGCAGCAACAAACACAACAGCGCCGCCUCGGCAUUAUCGUCAGCGAACAAUCACAAUCAGCACAGCCAGCCAGCAGCCAGCAACGGGCUGGCCAACUCAGGAAAAGCAGCAGCACCAGCUCACCACAGCAAUGCAAAAACCCGCAAACAGGUGCUACUAUCCAAUGGGCUGCACAACGUGGCUGCCAACACCCGGCCCAACGGCAGGCUGAACGGGCAGCGGCACAACCCCCUGGUCCGAGAGGACGGGCAGAAGCAGGGCCAGGCGGGCCAGGGCCAGUGCCUGGGCCGAGAGGGGCUGCGCAACUCCAAGCGGCGCCUGGAGGUUGUGCUAAACUCGGUGAGUACAGGGCUCGUUGAGCAGAAAGCCAAAAGCAGUGGCGCCGAGGCCAAGAAGGCCAAGAUCCAGCCCGCGCCGUUGGAGACGCGCAGCAGCAGCAAGAAGGUGGCGCACGAGGAGAAAGACAGCAAGCAAAACGUCACCCCCACCACUCCGGUUUCCAACGGACAGGAAUCAGAAAAAAAAGCCUCUCCUAGACAGACUCAGCCUGUUACUCCUCCUCCACCUUCGACUUCCCCGCCUGAACAGGCGUCACCUCCUUCGACACCAGCAGCCAAAGUGGAGCCGGUGAACCAGCGGCCUAAGCGCGCAUCGGCGGGCAAGCUGAUGCUGAUAAGACAAGCACAGCAGCAGCAGAGCAGGUCACACGGUCGUAGCUCCUCCUCUUCCUCCCCCUCAAUAGGCCAGAAUCACUCACCAAACCCCAGUUGUGCCAGCACUACCUCAGACCCCCAACAGACGUCUCUGUCCUCCUCCUCCACCUCCUCUCCUCUCACUUCAACCAAAAGCCCCGCGCAGCUCAAACCAGCAGCGUCGCGGCCCGCUGAUCGCGACAAGGAGUGGGAGCGCGAGAAGGAGCUGACGCGGCAGAAGGAGCGCGAGCAGGAGAAGGAGUGGGACCGCCAGCGGAGCAAGCCCGAGGGCUGGCCAGCGCUGGGGGAGGCCCCCGUCUUCCGGCCGGCUCCCAAGGAGUUCCAGGACCCCCUGGUGUACCUGGACGCAGCGAGGGAACAGGCCGAGGUGGCCGGCUUGUGCCGCGUGGCGCCGCCGCCGGACUGGCGGCCGGAGUGCAAGCUGAACGAGGAGAUGCGUUUCGUGACGCAGGUGCAGAGGGUCCACAUGCUUGGCCGACGCUGGGGCCCCAACGUGCAGCGGCUGGCUUGCAUCCGCAAGCACCUUAAAUCUCAGGGCAUUACCAUGGAUGAGCCUCCUGUGAUCGGUGGCUGCGAAGUGGACCUGUCACGUUUUUUCCAGCUCAUCAACGACAUGGGUGGGAUGCAGCAGGUGAUGGACCUGAAAAAAUGGACCAAGCUCGCCGACCUUCUCCGCAUCCCCAAGUCUGCGCAGGACCGCUUGGCCAAGCUGCAGGAAGCGUACCUCCAGUACAUCCUCUCCUAUGACUCUCUCAGCGCCGAGGAGCGCCUGCAGCUUCUGGCCGACGUGCUGGAGGAGAAGAAGACCCUGGAGUCGCGCCGGGGCCCGCUCGAAGGCCUCUCGGAUUCUUCCCCGCCCAACGGGCUCUCACUGCCGCGCUACGAGCCCAAGAACGGGCUGGUGGGCGGGACGGUGGGAGGGCCGACGGGGCAUCACCGCAGCAACGGAAACUAUCACCAUCUGAAGCUGGAGGCUCAGGUCAAAGCGGGCCGGCGCCGGCUCUUCGCUCAGGAAAAACAAGGAAAAGAGGACAGGCAGCAUGGAGAGGAGCAGGAGGAGGACAGAGGUGUUUUCAGUGACCAGCACAAAUGUAUUUACAAGGGGAAAUCGGUGUCCUUGACCAACUUCUUCAGGAUAGCCCGUAACACCAUGACCAUGUGCUUCAGUAAGGAACCAGGGGCUGCAGAGGUUGAGCAAGAAUACUGGAGGACCGUGGAACAGAGAGACAGCCAUGUAGCAGUGCAUUGUGGGAAGGUGGACACAAGUACACAUGGCAGCGGAUUCCCCACAGGAAAGUCUGAGCCAUUUUCAAAACAUGGAUGGAACCUCAACGUGCUCCCGAACAACUCUGGAUCCAUACUGAGGCAUCUGGGUGCUGUGCCUGGGGUGACCAUUCCCUGGCUCAACAUUGGCAUGGUCUUUUCUACCUCAUGCUGGUCUCGAGACCAAAAUCGCCUUCCAUAUAUUGAUUACUUACACACUGGUGCUGAUUGCAUUUGGUAUUCUGUCCCUGCUGAGGAGAAGGCUAAGCUGGACAAGGUGGUCCAUACACUGCUUCAAGCCAACGGCACCCCAGGACUAGAAAUGUUGGAGAAGAAUAUUAUGAUCUCUCCGGAGGUGCUGUGCCGUGAAGGCAUCAAGGUUUACCGUACAGUUCAGCGGAGUGGCCAGUUCGUGGUCUGCUUCCCCGGUGCCUUUGUCUCUAAAGUUUGCUGUGGCUACAGCGUGUCAGAGACCGUGCACUUUGCCACACCACACUGGAUGAACCUGGGUUACCAGGCUGCAAAGGACCUGAAAUGUCGUCGUAUAGCCAAACCCUUCUCCAUGGAGAAGCUACUGUAUCAGAUCGCCACCGCUGAGUCCAAGAGGGACAACGGUCUUCUCCUCACCACCAUCUCCGCCCUUCUCAAAGACCUCAGGAACAUAGAGAUGCGCCAACGUCAGGAACUUUACAAGGCAGGUUUGCUCUCCUCUGCCCGCUACGGCACACACGACGGCGGCCUGGGCCCCGGCGAGGGCCGCAAGAAACCCCGCGGGAAGUGGCUGGCUCUGGAGUCCUCAGAGAGACGCUGCCAAAUCUGCCAACAUCUCUGCUACCUGUCCAUGGUGGUUCAGGAGACGGACAACGUGGUCUUUUGUCUGGAAUGUGCCCUGCGGUACGUGGAGAAGCACAAGUCCUGCAGGGGUCUGAAGAUGAUGUAUCGAUACGAUGAGGAACAAAUCAACAGUUUGGUGAACCAGGUGUGUGGACGAGCCAUGUUAAAGAAUGGAAGUGGAGGAGGAGGAGUAGGCGGAGGAGGAGGAGGAGGAGGAGGAGGAGGAGUAGGAAGCGGAGGAGGUGGAGGAGGUGGAGGAGGUGGAGGAGGAGCGGUCGUCAUCAGCGGGGGAGGGGGGGACUCCUGCCACGGUCUAAGCCCUGCCAAAGCAUCACCAGCCAAGCGAGGCCCACGGAAACGUGCCACGGUGGAGGUGUCCCUGGCCCGCCUGUCCUCCACCCACAUGCCCAAAGCUGCAGCUGUGUCCUGAGGGGGGGGCACCCCCGGGUGGCCACCCUGCGUGCUGUGCCCCCCCCCCCCCCCCUCCCCUCCCCAGUCCUCUGUGCUCUACGAAGCAGGAUCACUAUCAACUUACUCAAUAUUACUGAUUGUUUCUCCGACACCCCCCACCCCCCACCUGACCUCGGUCUCCUUUUUUCCAAAUACGCUCGCGUCUCUUUUUAGUACGACAGGCUUGUUUAUAAAAGGAAGAAUAAAGAAAAGCAAGAUGUCUUUUUUGCACUAGUGUGAAAGAAGAAUUAGUUUUUAUUCUGGCUGAUCUCAGCGCGAGCGCUCCUUCUUCAGUCGCCAUCGCAAGCAUUAAGCGUGACACGGACUCGGUGGGCCCCCGUUUGACCUCUUACCUCACCCCCCAUCCUCCCACCAGAGAGGUGGCUUACGCUAGUUACCUUUUCCCCCUCUCGCCCCUGAGACUGACCCCCCCCCUCGUCACCACUCAGCGGUUGAACUUGGGACGGAUGAAGAGGAGGCCUUUUUUUUCCUCCCCAGUUUUCUGAAACGAGAACGACGACAAGUAGUUACCCAAAGUUUCUCUCUGCCCUUGAUUCGAGGAAGAGGAGUCCUUUGUUUUUCUGAUGUUUUAUUUCAAUGUGUUCUUGAUGCAGUUUUGGUGUAUUUUAUUUUAUUUUUUUUUAAAGGGGGGGGGGGCUGGUGAUGCAAGGUAGAAACUUGAAAGACGAGCGAUGUUGGUGUACUGUUGGUUGGCUGCAUUUUUAAACCUUUUUUUCAUGUUUCAGUUUUGACUUUUAGCUUUGUUUCUGCUAGUUCGUUGUGAGAAAUGUUUGUGUAUUUUUUUCUUUGAAAUGUUUUUGUCCUUGCGGAUGUUUCUGUGAGUCGGUGGACGUGAGCGCCCGGCGCUCGCCUCGCGUCCCUUGGAGUAUGGAGGGAUUCCUUCUUUGCUAGCAAGUGAAAAUGGUGCCUGAUUCUUAGCAAGGAGGUCCACUUUAUUGGUGCUGUUGUUUAUAAUUACUGUAUAACAACACAAACGUAAAAUCUGGGGGUCGACGCCUGCUUUUGGCUUACUGCAAACACGCCCCCGCCCCCCAGGGCAGAAAGGCCUUCAGGCUUUUCUGGUUCUAGAUGUGCAAUCGUGUUAACAUUCCAUUCUUUCAGUCCUCUUGUCUCAUCUGUACCAGUAAACAUUAAUGAUUAUUAUGUUAUUAUUUUUUACCUUUGUUGAACUGAUGUUAUCUCAAGUAGAGCCACUAGUCAAAGAGUGUAAAAUGUGAAAUAUCAAAUCCAAGUUUCUCUUGUUUUUGCUUUUGCAUCUUUUUUGUUCCUUUUUCCAGAUAUUAUGAGUGAUUUUUAUUUUUAUUUUCCUUCUUUUUAGAGAGGAAAAAAACCCAAGACAAACAACCUUUUUUGUACAUAUAUCCUGUAAAUUUCUUUAAAUACUUGAGCCUUUUUUUCUGGGGUUAAGUAAGUAAGAACGGAAGGAAGAAAUAGAGGAGAAAGAGAGAGAGAGAGAGAAAAUGUUCCAGAAGAGAGUGCUUGAUGAAGAAAAAGCCUUACAUUUCCCUUUCUUCAUCCGUGUGAGUUUGACGCUUACAGGGUUGCUCUGGUAAAUGUGUAUAAAAAUUUUAAGUGCUGCUUAUAUCAUUGAGAAAGAAGAUAUUGAGUAGCCAAUGUUUGAUCCCCCCCCACACCCCCUUCUUUCAAACCUAGUUUUGUUUGUUUAGCUUUACUUUUUUAAAGAAAAGGGAAAAAGAGAGAUGUUGACAAAAAAUGAGUUUUUACAUUUUCAUUACUGAAAAUUCAACAAAAAUGUAGUAGCUACUCAUGUUGCACUGAGCUUGCCAGUGGUGACUGUCAAGAGAAUCCUAUAAUCCAGUUUGUUGGUUGUUGUCCCUGCAGAAGACUGAACUGUUUUAGGACUAUUUAAUGAAAUACCAAGUCGGGUGUUUUCAACAUUAAAAAAAAAAGAAAAAAAAGAAAAAAAAAGUGGUUGUCAAGUUUUUCUGGCCUUACGAUAUAUUUUAUUCUGACGGGAUGUUUUUUUUGGUUUAGUUCCGUUUGUUUUCUUCCAUUUUUCUACAGUAUAAACUUGCUCACAGCGGGGUCUCUGGCGACUUAAUUUAUUGGUGCCGUGUCUCGGCCUUCCCUCCACCAAGAAAGACUUUCAUGUUGGUUAUAUUGACAGUUUUUUACUUUUGCAGUUUGUACUUUAAGGUUUAAUAAAAACCUACCGACAA